AUGGAGACAAAGGUGGGGUCAGAAGACAAUGGAGACGUCACACAGUUGAUCCAGACGGAGUUCCACCACGUGCGCACCCUGCGGAUCAUGGAGGGUGUGUACCGGCGCGGGAUGCUGGAGGAGGUGAUGCUGGAGGCGGCCGUGGUCCACACCAUCUUCCCCUGCCUGGACCAGCUGCUGGAGUGGCACUCCAACUUCCUGUCGCACCUGCUCAACCGCCGCAGGGAGGGGCUGGUGGGGGGCAGCACCACUAACUUCACCAUCCGCAGCAUAGGAGACCUGCUGCUCACACAGUUUUCAGGGCAGUCUGCAGACGACAUGAAGAAACUUUACUCUGAGUUCUGCAGCCGACACCCGAAAGCUGUGAAACUCUAUAAAGAAGUUUUAACUCGAGACCGACGCCUGCAGCAGUUCGUCAGGCGUGCCUGUCGGGGUCCUCUGCUGCGUCGUCAUGGCGUCCAGGAGUGCAUCCUGCUGGUGACACAGCGACUCACAAAGUACCCCGUCCUCAUCCAACGAAUCCUCGACAACACCAAAGGUAACUCACCUUAUACCCAGGAAGUGCGUCAGCGGUUGGUCAGUCUGAGCACGCAGCUCCACGCCCUGCAGGCGGCUGUGAUUCGUCAGGAUUCCAUCCUGGAGCUGUCCUUCACAACGGGCCCCGCCCCCUCGCCCCCCGAAGUCCCUGCCCCCGGCCCCCGCCUCAGCCGCUCACUGUCGCGGGACGCGGGGAUGGACGCUGGCGGCGAGGCGCUGCUGCUGCGACGGCAGGUAGCGCUGCUGCAGCAGGAAGUGACACGGCUGCGGCUGAGGGGGGAGGACCCAACCAGAGACGGGGCGGAUCCUGUGACAAAGAGGAGGGGCAACGGGGAGAUCAGUGAUGUCAUCAAGGGAGAACAGCAGGUGAACAGGAGGCGAGGCAGCAGGGAAUUGGAGUCCCGCCCCCUCGCUCCAUUGGCCAGUCAGGAUCCCGUCGACCAAUUAGACGGUGUUCAGGAAGGAAAUGAGGAGGAGGAAGUGACUAGGAUCUCUCCUCGCUCUGACAGUCCCAGAGACCUGCAGGACAUCCCAGAGGAGAGCGAGAGUUAACGAAACAGGAAGUAGAAGCAUCACAUCUGCUGGAGCCCUGCCCAUAGGGUCACCACACUACAUUACCCACAAUGCCUUUGGAUAUCAACAGAUAAACUGUAUUUAAAGUAGUUAAAGAAAACAUUUCAUAGGUUUUUAAUUUGUGUUUCUGUCUUUUGAGAAACCAAAAAAAUUGUUUUUAAUUCAGGAACAAAGCUGCGAAAUAUCGCUGACACAGCUUUUAAAGUUUAGUGAAUAAUAUUCUCCAUGUUGUCGUGUUUUUAAAGAAACAGGAACCAGUUUGCUGCCUGCUCCUGUCUGUUAGCAUGUUAGCAUAUUAGUAUGGUAAUACGUUAGCAUGUUAGCAUAUUAGUAUUUUAAUACGCUAGCGUGAUAGCAUGUUAUCAAAUUAAUAUGUUAGCAUAUUAACAUGUUAGUGUGAUGGCUUGUUAGCAUGUUAGCAUAUUAGUAUUUUAAUACGCUAGCGUGAUAGCUUGUUAGCAAAUUAAUAUGUUAGCAUAUUAACAUGUUAGUGUGAUAGCAUGUUAGCAUGUUAGCGUGGCUGUAAGCCUGAUGGUCUGCAGAGCAGAACUUUACCGAUUUUUAAAUCACGUUUGCUGCAAAUUUUCCAAAUAUUUCAGUCAGAUUUUUACCGUGUUGUCAUAGAAACAGAUGUUUAUUACUCUGCUCUCCGGGAGUUUAAAAGAAGAAGAAGUCGACGGCUAUUUGAAUUUAAAACACUGAAGAAGAAUGAAAACAUGAAGUUAAUCUCUUAAUAAGAAGCCAAAUUGUAUUGUUUACAUAUUCAUAUUUCUUCUUUUAUUCUUUUAUACGACGAUCCCAAAACGGGGUCAGCUGUUUUAUAUCACGUUGUCCUUCGACCUUUGGCUGCUUUACAGGCGUUUAACAUCUGGAACAUGUGGAGUUACAAGCUUUUACAGGCUUUAACACCCGGAACAUCUGGAGUUAAAAGCUUUGACAGGCUUUUAACACCCGGAACAUCUGGAGUUAAAAGCUUUGACAGGCUUUAACAACUGGAACAUCUGGAGUUAAAAGCUUUGACAGGCUUUAACAACUGGAACAUCUGGAGUUGACAGCUUUGACAGGCUUUUAACACCCGGAACAUCUGGAGUUAAAAGCUUUGACAGGCUUUAACAACUGGAACAUCUGGAGUUAAAAGCUUUUACAGUUCUUUACCACCUGGAACAUCUGGAGUUAAAAGCUUUUACAGGCUUUUAACACCUGGAGCAUCUGGAGUUAAAAGCUUUUACAGGCUUUUAACACCCGGAACAUCUGGAGUUAAAAGCUUUUACAGGCGUUUAACAUCUGGAACAUCUGGAGUUAAAAGUUUUUACAGGCUUUAACACCUGGAACAUCUGGAGUUAAAAGCUUUUACAAUUCUUUAACACCUGGAACAUCUGGAGUUAAAAGCGUUUACAGGCUUUACCACCUGGAACAUCUGGAGUUAAAAGCUUUGACAGGCUUUAACAACUGGAACAUCUGGAGUUAAAAGCUUUGACAGGCUUUUAACACCCGGAACAUCUGGAGUUAAAAGCUUUGACA